AUGCACGAAGCAACAACCGAAGCAGACCAAGCAGCUCCAAGUCAUCUGUACCAGUUGCUAUUGCGGCCAAUCGUGAAGGCGACCAUCGCCCAACGCGAUACGUCGGCCGAGACUCUCGACGACGUCGUUGUCAACGGUGGAUCGUUCGACAAGAUCCUGCAGAAGAUCUGGAGCUUGUUCAGCGGCCGUGUCAAGUGCAGAGCGGUGCGGACGGACGGCGAGUGGUCUGUCAAGACCCACGAGGUGGGCCAGUGGGACCGUGUCAUGCAGUUCAGGGCCAAAAAGAAGGUAGUGGAGUCUACCAAGUCAGCACAAGCGUGGAAGCAGUGGCUGCAAAAAAUAGCUCAAGAUCGAGAUGAAAUCGCCGCAGCCUGCAUACAGCCUGAAGAGACCGAUCGUGUCGGUACAACCGCUGAGACCUCGUUGCGAGAUGUUGUGGAGAGGCUUCGAGAGCAAUGGGGGGCUACAUUCCAAGGUGAAGGUGUUGUUUGGCGUCUGUGGGCCAACCAUCUCACGCGGAAUCUCAACAGGUCAACGUGGGACGCCGCUAUUCAACAACCACCACCAGAGUAUAUCGCGAAUCUGCUUCGACUCGUGGAUAUACAGAUGGAGCAACACGUGGCCGAAGUUACUCGAACGGCAAAUGUGGCGCUAGAUGUUGUGGAGGCCACAAUUGCUGACUACCGGCAGCUACGCCAAAGGUGGGAAUUUCUCGGACAGUAUCUAGAUGAAAAUGAGCGCCGUUUGGAGGUGCGCAAGAGUGUUAUCAUGGGGUUUCUGCGCGACAUCACCCCUCCUGCUCGCGACGAAGUGAUCGACCCUCUCCUUCAAAUGGAGAACGUCGAAGACACAGAUCACGCCGAGUGA